UCCUGUCAGAGAUAAUGAGCUUAUGUCAACUGCAAAUCCUAGACUUGGGCCAAAAUUCCCUUCAAUCAAUCCCGGAGGGACUUAACAGCCUUACAUCUCUCACUGAACUGGACUUGUCUGACAAUAACAUUUCAGCACUUCCUCCAGAGCUGGGUUUGCUUGAACCAAGCCUCCAGGUUUUGAGACUUGAUGGAAAUCCUUUGAGAAGCAUCAGGAGGGCAAUUUUGGACAAGGGAACCAAAGCUGUGCUGAAAUAUUUGAAGGACAAAAUUCCAGAGCAAUAGUGUGCAAACAUCUCUUACUGAUUAGGACAGCAUGUAACUUUGCCAUUUAUGUUUGUCUGAAAGCUUGAUCUCACUGCAGUGAUGCCUUUGAUUUUCUUAAUUUGAGGUGUGGAGAAGGUAACAUAAUGAGGAGGUACUGCCAU